AUGUCUACUGGCAUAGUUAAAAUUGAGUUUCCGGCGGCGGCCAAGCUCAAAGUUGGCAAUUACAAACUGUGGCGAUUCAACGUCGAACGUCAUCUGAAGAACCACAAUGUGUGGAAAAUUGUAAUUGAGGAUAAAAAGCCAGUCAAGAUCGAGACAGAAACGGAAGAGGCGUUUCAGGUACGAGAAGCUGCGUUCAACCCGAAGAAUGUAAUCGCCGAAUUGAUAAUCAGCAACUCCAUUGAAGAAUCCGAAAUAGAUCAUAUCAUGACAUGUGAGAGCGCCCACGAUAUGUGGAAGACGUUGCAGCGGGCUCAUGAGAAAAAGGAUCCGACAAGCAAGCUAGCGGCGUCACAAGCUUUUCAUGAAUACAGGUAUGAGACUGGAAUGGAGAUGUCAAAGCACAUUGCUAACGUUAAGAAUUUAGCGCGUCGAUGUAAAGAUUUAGGCGAUGAACUAUCUGAUACAUCAGUCAUGGCAAAGUUGUUACAAGGACUACCGGCCAAAUACCGCAGUGUCGCAACGAUUUGGCGUAACAAGAGUGAGACUGAUCAAAAAUUGAGCGAGCUUUGUGCCAUGCUGGAACAUGAGGAGGUUGCUCAAGACGCCGAUGACUUAGCAGCGGCCAAGAUGGAAGCACUCAAUGUAAAGCAAGAAACCAACAAGGAGGAAGAUGAUUCAAAACAGAAUUUGACAGAGAAAAGUGGUGGUGCAAUGAUUUUUGCUGUAAAUGCGGUCGUUGGAACUGGUGACGAAUGGUUAGCGGAUAGUGGAGCGUCGGCACAUGUAACAGGAAGACGAGAAUGGUUCUCACAGUUUGAAUCCACGUCAACUAAAUUUUCAUUGGCAAACGGUGAGCAAGUAUCCAUCCAUGGUCGUGGUGAAGUUGAAGUCGAAUGCUUGGUGGAAGGAAAAUGGCAGUCAGUGACUCUGAAGAAAGUGUUCUUCAUAUCUGGAUUCAAGAAGAAUCUAUUCAGUAUUGGUGCUGCAGGAGAGUUUGGCGUGACUUGUCAGAUCAACAAGAAUUCGAUGAACUUCAAGAAAGAUGGAGAGCUGGUAGCUAAAGCGAAGAAAGCCGACAACAAUCUGUUUGUCAUGCAAAUGAGA